CGCACGGAGAAGGGGGCAUAGAGGGACGGGCACGCCAUGAACUCCACAAUUUGGUUAGCAGAGGCGCUUAACUAGAUGAUUUUGGCGCUCUCUUAGGGAUACUCAAAUGCGGACUAGCUGCGGCGCCUAACUAGUGGAUUUGGGCGCCUCUUUAGGAAUGAUCAAACGCGGACGGAACAACAAGGGGCAAUGGAACCAUGGUCGGGGCAAGAACGGGGGGCCAGGAUUUGUUCACGAAAACACCCAGCAGAGCGCCCAAAAAUGAUUUAAACGAUUAAAGCAAAGAGGCCGAGGGUGCCCAGAUCAUUUUCUAGUUGAUAGGACGCUUGUAGUUGAUUGGACGCCAUGGGCAGUAGAAUUACGUAUAGUUAGACACUCAUGGCAUGCCAUGAGCGCCUAACUGGGGGACAAUUGUUGGGAGUGUGCAUACUUGAGAUAUUGGGGGACAUUGGCCCAUCCAAGGUGCUCAGGCCCAAGCCCACUUUAGGAGAUAGGGAUAAAAGAUAGGAGUAAGGCCCAGUCAACAGUUAGCAGGCGCAUAGCGACAAAAGGGGACCAGAGUGCUGAGAGUAUGCCACCUGGCUAGGUGGUCCCUGCAGGCGCCAGGUGCCAGGAGCUCAGGAACUGCCACGUGGAGGCGCCCGACCGUUGGGCCGUACCGAGCAUUUAAUGACGCGCUGACGUGGAGCUUGAUUCUAGGAGCCUGGUCGGGGCCUCGACGAGUAUAAAUAGUACUCGGUAGGUAGCAUUUAAGCAGGUUGGCUUCUCUCACUAAAAUCUACAAAGUACUUCUCUCUCUAGACUUGGAUCUUACUUGAGCGUUGGAGUGCUAACGGGCAUCUCGAAGCCCUUAGGCGCUUGUCUCUGCAGGAUCUAGGCGCCCGGUGAGAAGUCCGUCAUAUCGAAGUCCAGAGGAGCAGGUCCGAGAGUUAUUAGGCUCGAACAAUAACUAACUAAUUUAAGUAUUUCCCGAUGAAUGUCUGUCUUAUCGGUUCAUGUGUGGUGUUCCAUCUUUUACAUAACCUUAUUAUAAUAAUCCCAAACAGCCCUCUAAUCGUGUCUCUAAAUUUUGCGCCAUUCUCUUAACUGUUCCAACAUUUAGUCAUUACCUAAUUAGUCAACAUCAUAACGUAAUCAAUAGUAAUAUCCAACAAUAGCUACUUGGCCAAUUAAAAGCUAGCACUCCAUCAUUAAUUAAUCGCCUAAGACAUUGCAUCAAAAACUAGGAUUCUUUUCUCUAAUAGCAAACUAAAUCAAGCACAUUUUACUAAACUGUAACAAUAAUAAAUGCAUGUCAAUCUAGGAUAGAAAGCAGGGGGCUUAAUGAAAAGCAAGCAGCUCGUGUAAGAAAACGUACCUCCAUGUUCCUCAAAUUGUUUCAUUAUGGGACUACAAAUGAUUGCCUUCCCGUUUAAUCCAUCUCUCCAGUCAAAACUCAGAGGCGCACCAGGCAAUAGAUCCUAAAAGAAAUUCAAAUGUUAAUGUAUAUACAUGUAUGAUCGAUGUAGCAUUCAAACAAACUCAGAGUAGUAGAAAAUUAGUUGGGUUAUUCUCUACUUUCCAGGAUCAAAAGAGGUGAGUAAUUGCUUUACUACUCCCAAUAGGUAUCAAUCACUGGAUACUAGCUAGAACAUGUAAAUGAUCACUUGGUUACGUACAGUCAAGAACCAAAUUAGUUUGCACAAUGCAUCAUAUGUUGUGGCUAGAAUCAAAAUGCUCUAAACCCUAUUUAUGACAACCAAACCAACAAAUCCGUCUCAAUAGAUUACGUUGUUGAGAACUUGAGAUACAUCCAAAAGCCGUUCUUCAUACAUUGAUCAGUUGCAUUUACUGCAAACUUCAGAUCCAGAGUGUGUUUUACUUACCGCCGGAAGAGGGAUUCUCUUGGGUCCUUUUUUCUUCACCCCACCCGCUUUCCAUUUUGAUUUUGGAGCCAUGAUUUCUUUUGGCAAAUCAGAAAGAAAUGUCAAGAUAGGAUCGGGCAGUAAUUAGCUUCCACCCUUUCCCAAACCCUAAGUGAGGCCUAGCUUCCUUUGUUUUGAAAUCUCAACCCAGUACAAGGCUUGAGCGAGGGAGGGUGAGGGAGCUGGUAAAAGCUGCAAGAAACCCAAGAGAGAAACAGCGCCGGAGAACAACACAGGAGAAGGGCGAAGAAGCUGCUAAGUGCUAACAAAGGCAAUGGGUUCUAGAAGCUAAACGGAGGGAGAGGCGAUGUGGAAAAUCUUGAGCAAAGGUGAGGAAAUCGGAGAAAAAAGAGAAAAUGGCUUGGCUGGUAAACGUUGCAAAAUUCUCAACGGAUGGGACAGAGAGAAAGUGAGAACGCCGCAGAAGGCAGGCCGGCCGGCCAGCGGGAGAGGCGUAGAUGGGAAGAGUGCCGGAGAAAGAAGCCGGCCGGCUUCGCUAAGGCGGUGGGUCGCCCAGAAAGGUGCUGCUCUGUGAAAACUGAAAAGUGAAAUCAAGAAUGUGGGAAAGAGGGAAAAGAUCAAACAAAAAGAAUGAGCAGGCAGCUAAACGGUAUUUAUUUUAACUUUAUUUUGUGUCUGAAAAAUACUGAACGGAAACUAUUAUUUUUUUGUCUUAUUUGACUUUCUCACGGAAGAGUCAAUCUGGGUUGAUCUUUAUAUUUUUUUCCUUCUUAUAAUGAUUUUUAUAUAUUCUUGUAUGCAGCCAAAUGUGAGAUUUUUUUGGCCCACUAGAGCUAUUUGCCUUUUCCAUGGGUAUUUUGCGUGGAACAAUGUUGUCAAAUCGAUUUUUAUCGUUGUAGCGAUUUAGCAAGAGAUAUGAUUAGCUCAGUGGUACAAUUGUUUUGUAUCAGUUCAUGUCGGUUUAUAAAAUUUGAUAAAUAUUAACUUAAAAUGAAUGUAAGCGUAUAUAAAAUAUAUUUCAAAAUAAUUUACUUACAAUUUAUAUUUAUAGUGAAAUAUAUUUGAAGACAUUUAACCAUUGCAUGUGUGCAACUUUGAUUUCCGAAUUUUCAUCGAUGAAUAAGCUAGAAUGUCAGAAACUUUUGAGGUACAUGUUACUUUUUAUAGUUAAGUAAUUUUAUAAAGUGAAUUUUAUAUGGUACUAAAAACAUAGCUUAAUUCGGGUCCUUGCGGAGUAUGAAAUGUUGAGAGACCAAAAGAUAAACUUAGCUAAGUCGGCAGUAUGUUUUAGUGGUAACAUUCCGGAGGAUAUGUGUGCGUCGAUGGCAGAAAGACUGGGUUUGGAAGUUGUAGGUGAGUAGGAUUGUUAUCUUGGGCUACCGACGCUCAUUGCACGACCAAAAUCGGACACGUUUCAGUUCCUGGAGGAAAAGCUGUUGCAAAAGCUUCAAGGUUGGCAGCAACGUCAUAUGUAUUGUGUUGCCAAGGAGGUAUUGCUGAAAUCAGUGGCGGCAGCAUUGCCAAUACAUGUGAUGUCUUGUUUUAAGCUCCCAGUGACGUUGUGUCGCCGACUGGAUAAGCAUAUGGAUUGGUUUUGGUGAGGUAAUCAAGUGAGGGGAUCAACUGGAUGUCCUGGCCGAAAUUGUGUCUAAGCAAGCAUGAAGGGGGGUUAGGGUUCCAUCGCUUAUAACAGUUCAACUAGGCACUUCUAGCAAAAUUCGGUGGCGAAUUCUUGAAGAGCCAGAGUCUUUGUUUGCUCGGAUUUAUAAAGAAAAAUAUUUUUCACAAGGGUCAUCCUUACAACAAGGAAAGGAUCUAGGUUGUCUUGGAGUUGGUAGAGUGUUCUCCAUGGUGCUCAAUUGGUGGUAUCUGGAUUAAGAUGGUAGGUCGGGAGUGGUCAAGAUAUUGAUGUAGCCACUGCAAAAUUGAGUGCCCGACUAUUAUCCUAGGUCGCCGGUGCUAUGGAUAAUGAACCACUUUAGAAAGGCGUAACAAUGUCAUCUAUAGUUAUUGAAGGUGAAGGGGGAUCGAUGUCAUUAAUGUUUGGAGAAAAGUCUUGCCCCGAAAUUUUGUGAAGGAUAGGCCGAUUUGGCGUGAGGAUGGGUCGAGUCAGUAUACGGUGAAGUCCGGGUACCAACUAGCUAUGAACCUAAGUCGUCAAAUGGGGAAGUGGAAGCAUAGGCGGAGCCAGCCACCUUUGCCCUUAUCCCAUGACAGUGGUAAAAUUUGGGGCUCGAAAAAAAUACAACUCUUACACGUAACAUAAUAAUAUUUUGCCACUAUACCACAACUCAUCACUUGUUCAUGAAUUGACAAAAAGCCUAAUUAAUUUAUUGGUUCCAUUCAUGACAUUAUUAUUCGACAACUGUUUGUUCAUGAUGAAUUAUCUUGAGUAAUGGUAGAGACAUAAGUGUAUGUUAUUUCCUUAAGUUAAUUUGCUUCUAAAGGUAGUUUUGAUUCUACCAGUUGCAACUAUAAGUUUAGAAAAAGCAUUUUUUGCUUGAGCUAUAUUAAAAACAAGCUUUGAAG